AUGAAAAAGGCGCCUGAAAAAGUAGGUCGGGCAAUUGCCCAAGACAUUGAUUUUUUGAAAAAACUGUGUUCAUGUGUUUGGCAUUUAGAGAUUGAGCCAGUAGAAUUUGAAGAAAAGUGGAACAAAGUUAUUUCAAAAUUCCAUUUGAACGAUCAUGAAUGGUUGGCAUACAUGUACAACAUACGUGAUAUGUGGAUUCCAGCGUAUUUCAGAUAUUUAUUUUUGGGUGGCAUCAUGAGGACCACAUCUAGAUCAGAAAGUGAAAAUAAUUUUUUCACUAUGUUCACAAAUCCCCAUCUCACUUUGAUUGAGUUCUACAUGAGGCACACUCAAAAUAAAAUAGAUAAUGAUUCGAAGAAUAAGCGUCCGGAGUGUAAGACUCCAAUUCCUUUAGAGAAAGAUGCUUCUGAAUUGUUUACAACAACAAUUUUCUAUGAAUUUCAAUAUGAGCUUGAAAUUGGAUGUUUUAAUUGUGGUGUUGAGGAGAUGAAGAAGGACAAUGAGCUUUACAUUUUCAAUUUGAGGGAAGGAACUAGGAGGAGGACUUUUGAUGUUGUUUUUGAUCCAACUACCUUUGAUACCAAGUGUUUUUGUAAAAAACUUGAACGUGAUGAGGGUAAUGCGUUGGAGGAAUGUAUUAAUGCAGUAGAUAAGAAAAUGCUAUUAAAUGAUUUGUGGUCUGAAAUUCAUGCUUGUGUGAGUUUAGUGCAAAACAAUGAAGAUGAUCUUAGUGAUCUUGUCAAAAAACUUCGAGCCAUGAGGGUCAAUGUUCCAAAUGAUGUCCAUGUUCCAAAUGAGGUUCAUGUUCCAAAUAGUGACAAAAGAAUGAAGAGUGACAGAGAAAAGUCUAUUGAACAAAGUCAAAAGAAGAAGAGAUUAUGUAAAGCAUGUGGGGAGCUUGGUUAUCAUGAUAGUCGUAAUUGCCCUAGAAAAGUCAAGUGA